AUGAAUACGCAAGCCCUGGAAGCUUUCAAUAACUUAAAGAGAGCGCUAACGAGCGCACCUGUGCUUAAACAUCCAGAUUUCGCUAAACGCUUCUUUGUGCAAUGUGACGCGUCUGAGUACGGUGUGGGCGCUGUGCUAUAUCAAAAGGAAACCGACGGAUCGGAGAAGCCCAUCGCGUACUUCAGCCAAAAACUUAACGAUUGCCAGCGCAAUUACACCACCACCGAAAAGGAAUGCCUCGCCGCUGUGAUGGCCGUCAAAAGAUCGAGCACCGCAAACAACGUAGUCGCCGAUACACUAUCGCGCUGCAUUGAAGAAAUCGCGGACUCGCCAAUUGCAAACAUGGACACCCUGGAGUUCGAAUCGCAGGAAUACCAGGAGUUGGUGAAGACGGCCCAAACUAAUGCUGAGCGACUGCCCGACCUAAAAGUAGAGGAUGGUCUUGUCUUUAAGAAAGCUGUAGUUAAUGAUGUCGAAUGCGAGGAGAAUGAGUGGAAGCUGUGGGUGCCUGAGUCGCUUACCUCUGCCCUUAUAGAAAACGCUCACUGUGUAGAGACCGCCGCACAUGGGGCGAUGCGUGAAGCCACAGCUGCAAAUGUUGUAAAAUUUCUCACGGAUGAGAUAUUCCACAAAUUUGGUGUUCCGGAGAUCAUACAUUCAGACAGCGGGAAGCAGUUUGCGUCAAAACAAUUCACGCAGCUGUUGCAUGCCUAUGGCGUUAAACAUAUGAAAACCGCGUAUUAUGCUCCGCAAUCGAAUGCAGCAGAACGCGUAAAUCAAUCGGUGCUGGCGGCCAUCCGGUCAUACCUCGAAAAGGACCAUCGCGAAUGGGAUUUGUACUUGUCGGAAAUUGAGUGCGCCCUACGUAGCGCGGUACAGUCUGCGACCGGAGUUUCUCCAUAUUUCGCCUUGUUCGAAAUGAAUAUGUUUACGAAUGGCGCGGAUUACGCGUUGGCACGAAAAUUGAGCAGCCUGAAUGAUCACGAAAUUUUUCUACUGGACAAUAGCGAUAAAAUCCGAAUAAUGCGCGAGAAGAUUAAAGAAAACGUGCACGAGACUUACGAAACGAAUGCUGCAUGGUACAACAAAAGAAUUCGCGAAGUUAGUUUUAGGCCCGGCCAAGAAGUAUACAAACGCAAUUUUGUGCUAAGCGACUUCAAAAGAAACAUAAACGCAAAAUUUGGCAUAGCAAAAGCACUCGGUAAUAACAUGUACCUUUUGGAAUCGCUUGCGGGUAAGAGUCUGGGAGCGUGGCAUGCGAAAGACAUCAAACAGUAG